CCAAUAAAAUUUCAAGAAGAAGAAGAAGAAGCGUGGCGCAGUAAAUCUGGGGUGUUUUGCACAGUAAAAACAGCUCUUUUUCCUGAUUAAACGCGACAGCAUGGCGCAGAGCAUGCUGCUGUACUGGGGCUCCGGCUCUCCGCCGUGCUGGAGAGUCAUGCUCGCGCUGGAGGAGAAGCAGCUGCAGGGAUACAAACACAAACACCUGUCGUUUGACAAGAACGAACACAAGUGUGCAGAAGUGCAAGCUCUCAAUCCCAGAGCUCAGCUUCCGACUUUCAAGCACGGAGACAUCGUCGUGAACGAGUCGUUUGCAGCGUGUCUGUAUCUGGAGGUAAAACACACGAGGGGCGUGGCAUGCGACAGAGGGGCGUGGCGUGUGACAGAGGGGCGUGAUGACGUGGCUUUCUAUGAGUGGUACGUUCCUGAAGGAGAGAGACAUGACUCGGCUCUGAAGAGGAAUAAAGAGAGUUUAAUCGCCGAGCUCAAACUGUGGGAAGGAUACUUGGAGAAGAUGGGUAACGGCUCGUACCUCGCUGGCAAGAACUUCACCAUGGCCGAUGUGGUUUGUUUCCCCGUCAUCGCGUAUUUCCCACGACUUCACUGUCCUCCGGAGCGUUGUCCCAGACUGAUGGAGUACUACCAGAUGCUGAAGGACCGUCCCAGUGUUAAAGCCAGCUGGCCUCUUGAGUGACUGGAGAAACCCGAGGGUCAAGACACGCUCAAGAACCUGUGAGGAACGUCUGAACACACCAGCGGCAUAAACCCAUCACUGUAUUCAGUUUCAUCUUCAAGUUCAGCUUACUGUAUUAAAUCACAACCCUUGACUCUGUUCAGUCUGGUUUCGAUUUGCCUGACGUUUAAUCUCGAUCAUUUAUCUUUAACGCAGCGGGCCGCUUUAUUGGUGAACUCGGUUUUGAAAAUAAAGCUCAUCGUGUCUGUAAUGAUUAACAUUCACAGCUUUUGUUGUUGUUCGGCACUAAUAAAGUUUUAUCCUGUUCAGUCCAAAUAAAGAAAAUAUUCACUAUUAUUACAA